AGAGAAGAGGUCGAUACACACAAACAUAGAUGACAUGAAAUAUGAUAAAAACGGUCGCGCCAAAUAUAUUAUACAAGCAGUGGACUUAAAACACAGAAUGGCAUAUCGUUAGUGUCACUGGAGGCUGUGGCUCAGAUCUCAGUGUGUUGAGAGUUUGAGGCUGUUGACAGGAGGAAAUCUGUGUGUCACUGUCAAGAGAGACUUCAUUCUUACUUGAGCCACAGUCAAGCCAGUAUAUUGGGUUUUGCAGCUCAUAUUCAGGAUGGCGAAGCUUCAGUCCGGUAAUGGAGUGCAGUGGAAGGACAGCAGGAGUCUGGCCGAGCAUGAGAGAUCUUCUCUGGUCUCAGACGCUGAGCUCAACGGCUUUGCCAACACUGAGAUCCAGACUGACAAAUAUGGAUUCUUAGGAGGAGCUCAGCAGAGCUCAGGAGAAAAUGAUGACAUUCCUCCAGAGGUGCUACGACAGAGAGAAGCUAAGUGGUUGGAUAUGCUCAACAGUUGGGACAAGUGGAUGGCCAAAAAACACAAGAAGGUUAAGUUGCGUUGCCAGAAGGGCAUUCCUCCAUCACUCAGAGGUCGUGCUUGGCUUUAUCUUUCCGGUGGGAAAGUGAAGAAAGAACAAAAUCAGGGAAAAUUUCAGGAGUUGGAUAGUCAGCCUGGUGAUCCUAAAUGGCUGGAUGUGAUAGAGAAAGACCUCCACAGACAGUUUCCAUUCCACGAGAUGUUUGUAGCUCGAGGAGGCUACGGGCAGCAGGAUCUUUUCCGGGUACUGAAGGCCUACACACUACGCAGGCCAGAGGAGGGGUACUGUCAGGCUCAGGCACCUAUAGCUGCUGUGCUGCUCAUGCACAUGCCCGCUGAGGAUGCAUUCUGGGGUCUGGUCCAGAUCUGUGAGAAGUAUCUGCCUGGAUAUUACAGCGCAGGCCUGGAGGCCAUCCAGUUAGACGGUGAGAUCCUGUUCGCUCUGCUCAAGCGGAUGUCCCCUGUGGCCUACAGGCACUUGAAGAAGCAUAAGAUUGACCCUAUCCUCUACAUGACUGAAUGGUUCAUGUGUGCCUUCUCUAGAACGCUGCCCUGGGCCUCCGUCCUGCGCGUGUGGGACAUGUUCUUCUGCGAGGGAGUGAAGAUCAUCUUCCGAGUGGGUCUGGUGCUGCUGAAAUGUAUGCUGGGAUCUCAGGAGAAACUGAAGGCGUGUCAGGGCCAGUAUGAGACAAUGGAGCUGCUCAGAUCUAUUGAGCCACGAUACAUGCAGGAGACUUUCCUAGUGCAAGAGAUCAUUGAAAUGCCCGUGUCUGAGCGAGACAUCGAGAAGGAGCACCUCUCACAACUCCGCCGCUGGAAGGAGACUCGUGGAGAGCUGCACUGUAAAUCCCCAGCCAGAUUGCACGGCGCCAAAGCCAUCAUGGCUGCCGAGCCACCCAGCUGCCAGGACCUCAAACAAAACCCCACAAUCAUCGUUGAGCUGCCACAGGCCUCAGAGAGCCAGGCAGAGAAAGGGAACAAGACAAAGAAUAGCAAAGACCAGAAGAGAAAAGACACAAAGAACAUCUCACCACCCCUCAAUCCAUACCCGUUACCGAGUGACAGCUUUUCACCCAAAUCACAGCACCUGCACAAAGACACACCCCUGCAGGGCUCCAGUCAAAGCCUCAGUAGUGCAGAGCACGACACUUACCUGUAAAAUGCUGGAAAGGAAAUCGGGAACCAUGACUGUGCUUGUGCAGAAUGUUUACUGACAGUGUUUAGAAGAGAGUCCUACCUUCCCACUCUCAGGAUUUCUGCAUCACAGGAGAGUUCACGACUUGACUGGACCAAAAUGAUCCUCCAGAAUACUUGUGGGAACAAUCACAUAGGAAGAAAUAUUAGACAGGAGAAAACUCUCUAUUUUAUAUACGACCUGAAGUUUUCAAAUGUGUUUACAUGAAGUGUUUGUGUCUGUCUAUGUUGGGAAAUGUAAUGAAGGAUGGAUAGCCAAGACACACUCUCAGAUCUCCAAAUGAAGCAUAUAUAAGCUGUGCUGGAGGCAAAACAUUCACAUGGGAUCCUCAAAAUGUGAUAAUCAGGAAGAAUUUGGUCAGCUCGGUCCAGUACAACAUCUGAACAUUGUCUAAACGUUUCUCAUACUGUUUGAACUAGACUUCCGGUUCCUGGUAGUACAAAACACAUACUGGGAUGCAAGUACCUCCGUCUUCCUCAGGAGACCAAGUUGUCUGAUCUAAAGGAAUAGUUCACCCCAAAAUGAACAUUGUGUCAUCAUUUACUCAUCCUAAUAUUGUUCUGUCAUUCAGAAUUUUUUUCUUCUGGAACAGAAAAGAUGUUAGACAGAAAGUCCAAACUGCCCUUUUCUAUACAAGGCUCCAACAGGGACAAAAAAAAGCAUAAAAACGCCUUAAAAGUAGUCCCUAAAUUAUGUUCGCCACAUUUGACAUUAAACGCCUUUGACUUUUGCUUGUCACAUAAUCGAUCACAGUGUGGCAAAUUUGAAAAAUGCUCCGGCAGAGGGAAAGAUUAUUAAAAUUUUGGCCUGUUCCUCACACAAAGCUAUUAUAUGGCUUCAGAAGACUUGUAAGCUGAACAAGUUCCAUUGAGUACUUUAAUGAUACUUAACGGUGCUUUUUUGUCCUUGGUAGUAAAACAAGCUUGGCAGUUUAAAUCACCAUUCACUUUCGUUUUGUGAUCAUUGAAGGAAAAAAAAAUACUGGUUCAGGAGUUGUGACCACAUGAGAGUAAAUGGUGACAAAGUGUUCAUUUUUGGCUGAACUAUUCCUUUGAGGACAUAAAAUACUAUUGGAAUGGAAUAUGUUGCAUGAUAAGAUUGUUGUAGUCUAACAUUUUAAUGUCGUGACCGCCUUCAGUUCAUUUGCAGUGCACCUUCUUGACCACUAAGGGGCUCUACUGAGCUGUUUUACACAGAAUUGGGAGCUGAAACCGAGGUCACCGUUUAUCACAGGACCAAAUAAUGCUGUCCCAUUUCUAAGAUUCAUGCCCUCUGACAUCAUUGGAAUCAGUCCACUUGUUUCAGAACAACACUAAUCAUAUUUAUAUGGCACAACAGAACCACAACAAUGAAAAGACAACGCUAUAUUUCACUGAUAAAUGAAAGGCAAAAACUUGUAAGCCCAACGUUAAAAACAAAAUUCUAUUCACUCUUAGUGCCAAAAUUGUAAUUAAUUAACAUAUUACUCAGAACCUAGCUCUUUUGUAGUACAUUUCCAUUUCUUGCAAAAGUGAGACAUAUCUCAGAUAUCCAGAAUCAGUCUAUUGACUUUACAUUUGGGAGAAAUUAAACAUUAUAAAAAGGCCAAGUUCGCACCCUACAUCACAAUAAGUCCCGUGUGCAUCGCAUUUGUAUGUAAGAAUUAUUGUCGUGACCUGUGUUUUGUAUAUUUAAGAUCUAACGUGAUAAUCUGUGGACAUUUCUUAUGAAUAUGUAUGCUGGACAGCAAUAUGCAUGAUUCUGACAUCAUAUUUCCAUCUCAGUUUUCUAAAACUGAAGGGAUGCUGUAGGUAGGGCAAAAUCUUCUGACUUUUUUAGGGAGAAAAAAAAAAAUAUAUAUAUAUAUUUUUUUUUAAAUGUCUUUGGAUGUAAAUCGCAUAGCCAAGGCAAUUUAAACACUUUAAAUUUUUUAUGUUGCAAAGAAACAUUUUAUCACCGACUUGCUCUGGCUUCUUGUAAAUACUGAUAUUAUGAAGACAUAUAUAUUUAUGAACAUUUAUGGGAGGAUUUGCUGUGGAUUCACUGAUUGGUGAGGUGUAUACAUUAUUCAUGCAAGUCUUUUCUCCCUUUCUUUUAGGGGAUUUUGGGAGGACGAUAUAAUUUGGUAGGCUAGCAAUGCUGUCUACUUGGUUUUCCUAGCUCAGAUCAGAUGUUAACAUCUGACAUCAUCUUUCAGUUUGCCAAUAUUUUGUUAUAAGGAACCAUAAAUGGUUCAUGAACUCGGUGUGCAUGCCUGUUGUUUUGCUGCACAACUUCAUGCUCAGAAAUGUGUUGCAGGUGUCAUUUUUAGUAUUAGAAUCUGGACUAAAAAUAUCAUUUAAGAUUAACCCUCUAUUGAGAUAUGACAUCUACAGUUGCCCCAAAAAAGUAUUUGGAUGCUUAAACCACACUUAAAAAUGCAUGAAUGUCGCUUCAUUAGAUAACAAGAUGUCAGUCCAAGUGGCAUUCAUUUUAAAGAAAGAUUUGAAAUGUAUACAUUUUUUAAGUGUGGCUCAAGUGUCCAACUAAUUUUUGGGGCCACUAUGUUGAAGUUGAGAAGGCUUGUAUACUCUAACAUUAUCAGUGAUUAUGAUUUAUCAAUUAUAAGAAGAUUUAUUUUUUUGAGUCACUGAAAGGAAAGAGCUAGUUACAUUUCAGCACUGUUUGUGAGAAUUAAAGUUGCCAAAAGUCUGUUUUUUUUUAUCAGAAAAUAUAUUUUAAUAUGGGCACUGUGCAAAACAGAUGUUACUUUGAUAAUAACUGAAGUUAUUGUAGAUUUUAUUUUUUAAUUUUCCUGCCGUCUUUUCUUUUUCUUCACACUUAAGCUAUAAAUAACCUCGUCCUGUAUGCAAGUAACAUUUUUCAUGCAAAAAACACUGAAAGAAUGUUUUUCAUGAUUAAAUUUGAUACUAUUGGAA